AUGGAAACGACAGUCAAUGGCAUUGGUAUCAAAGAAGAUUCAGAAAGAUCCGUAUCAUGGACAGAUUCCUCACAAAAAGUGUUGACAAUGCAACAAAGUUGGUCGAAACCAUACCCAACCAACAUCGAUCAUUAUAAAAGAUCGAUCACUCAAUCAAUCAAUCGUCAAGGUAUUGCUCACCGGGUUUAA